GUCUGAGGGCCCGAAGGGGGCGGAAGGAGCGACGGCUUCGGGGCCGCGGGCCUAGGGGCCCCCGGUGGCGCCCCGACCUCUGCGUGGGCAGAUAGCGCGGGCGGGGCCCUUAUCCGCCUCCCCGCCGGGUGCCGGCCGGGGAGCCCGGAUACCUCUCCCUCCAGUUUUCUCGGCCCUCUCGCGUGUGGGGCCUGGGAGGGGACUUUACUGGCCCCACCCCAUCCGCGGGCUUGGCGGGUUUGCCCUGGAAUAGUGAGCGGCCGGGGGUGGAAUGUGGACCCUGGGGAGCUUGUGCAGAACAGGUGCAACCCCAUCAGCCUGUCCGAUUCUCCCGCUCGCGCCCCCUGCCCAGGCUACGCCCAGGCUUCCUAAUGGCCCGGACCGUGGUCGUGCUGGGAGGAGGCAUCAGCGGCUUGGCCGCCAGUUACCACCUGAGCCGGGCCCCCUGUCCCCCCAAGGUGGUCCUGGUGGAGGCCUCUGAGCGUCUGGGAGGCUGGAUCCGCUCAGUCCGAGGGCCAAAUGGCGCUGUCUUUGAACUUGGGCCUCGAGGAAUUCGGCCUGCGGGAGCUCUGGGAGCCCGGACUCUGCUCCUGGUUUCCGAGCUUGGCUUGGACUCCGAAGUGUUGCCGGUCCGGGGAGACCACCCAGCUGCCAAGAACCGGUUCCUGUAUGUGGGUGGCGCCCUGCAUGCGCUGCCCUCCGGCCUCAGGGGGCUCUUCCGCCCUUCACCCCCCUUCUCCAAACCUCUGUUUUGGGCUGGGCUGAGGGAGUUGACCGCGCCCAGGGGCAAAGACCCUGAUGAGACUGUGCACAGUUUUGCCCAGCGCCGCCUUGGACCUGAGGUGGCGUCUCUAGCCAUGGACAGUCUCUGCCGGGGAGUGUUUGCAGGCAACAGCCGAGAGCUCAGCGUCAGGUCCUGCUUUCCCAGUCUCUUCCAAGCUGAGCAAACCCAUCGCUCCGUUCUGCUGGGGCUGCUGCUGGGAGCCGGGCAGAGCCCACAGCCAGACUCCGCACUCAUUUCCCAGGCCCGAGCCGAGCGCUGGAGCCAGUGGUCACUCCGUGGAGGCCUGGAGACGUUGCCCCAAGCCCUUAACGCCCACCUGACCAGUAGAGGAGUCCAUAUUCUCAGAGGCCAGCCCGCCUGUGGGCUCAGCCUCCAGGCAGACGGCCGCUGGAAGGUGUCUCUAGGGGACAGCAGUCUGGAGGCUGACCACAUUAUCAGUGCUGUGCCAGCUUCAGUGCUCGGAAAGCUGCUCCCUGCGGAGGCUGCGCCUCUGGCCCGGGCCCUGCGCGCCAUCGCCGCGGUGUCCGUGGCCGUGGUGAAUCUGCAGUACCGAGGAGCUCGGCUGCCCGUGCAGGGAUUCGGACAUCUGGUGCCAUCCUCAGAAGACCCAGGCGUCCUGGGAAUCGUGUAUGACUCUGUGGCUUUCCCUGAGCAGGACGGAAGCCCCCCCGGCCUCCGAGUGACUGUGAUGCUGGGGGGGUCCUGGUUACACACGCUGGAAGCCAGGGGCGCUGUCCUAUCUCAGGAGCUGCUCCAACAGCAGGCCCAGGAAGCAGCUGCCACCCAGCUGGGACUGAAGGAGCCACCAAGCCACUGCUUGGUCCAUCUCCACAAGAACUGCAUCCCCCAGUACACACUAGGCCACUGGCAAAAACUGGAGGCAGCCAUGCAAUUCCUGGCUUCUCAGAGGCUGCCCUUGACUCUGGCUGGAGCCUCCUAUGAAGGAGUUGCUGUCAAUGACUGUAUAGAGAGUGGACGCCAGGCAGCAGCUCGGGUCCUGGGCUCGGUACCAAACAGCUGACCCCCAGCUCCCACCUCUUGGCCUGACUGGUGGCAGUUAUUGACCCACGAAAAUAAAAGUCACUGGUGCUUGGCUGGA